AUGAAGCUUGUUACAGAUUUUGACUGCGUUUCCGGCUGCAAUAUCUGUAUAUAUUUGAGCACCAGUCUCAUCAUCCUGAUCUUCUGGGCCAGAUCAUCGUCAAACAUACCCGAGAAACACAUGUUACCUAGAGAUCACAAACACAUGGACGACCAACUACACUAUAAUGAGGCGCUUGUGUUCCCUGGGCGCACAUCUCAUACACGAGUACUCCCUAAAGUCCAUUCAUUCUUGUAUGCCUUUCUCAUUAUUGCAGUUCCUAUCAGGAACUGCAAAUCCAACUGGUUCGCGGCAAUCGAUAAUAAAACCAAACUAUGGUGGCGUCGAGGAUGGCUUCAGGUUGAUUCCCCGGAUCAUCUCCAUCGAGGGGAUGAUAAGCGUGGGUUGAGCCAUAAGCUUGAUCAGUAUCUUGAAUCCAAGCAAUAUAUUCCGGCUAAAUACCCCACAGUAUGGCUUGUCACAUUCCUAGGAUACAAAUCCGAUCAAGCAUCAUUCUGGUACUUGUAUACUGCCGAGGGCCGACUUGACUUGAUGAUCAUCGAAGCCAACAACAAUUUUUCUGAGAGAAAGGUGUGGGUAGUUCCUACAGCCGACGAUCAUGAUACAUCCGGUGAAACAACAAAGAAACAACGACGAAAGUUUCGUCAGACUUGGUCAAAGGAGUUCCAUGUGUCUCCCUUCAACUCAAUGCGUGGUUUCUACUCGAUAUCUACAUUAGAUUCGUUUCCUCCGGACAAGUCUCUUGAUGAAGUGGAUACUAUUGAUAUCACCAUCACGCUUCUGACUUCACAACGUCGCCCCAAACUGGUGGCUCGUGUUUGGUCGACAUCAAAGCCUUUAGUUCCGUCGAAAAUCUCCCCUCUGUAUGGAUUCUCUUUUUUCGCGUUGUGGUGCUUGACUGGUCCGCUUAUUCAGCCACGGACACUUUUUCAAGCAUUCCUUCUAUCUCAGAAACACAAACUGACGAUUCGAGACCGACCUGAACCUGACGGGAAAGUGUUUCCCCGGCAUAGUACUCCAGCUGAACGAUGCAUCCGGGAGAUCUUCAUAGACUAUCUCCGAGAAAUUAUGAAUGCAUCCGCGGAUAACUUCCAUAUUCAUCUUUGUGAUCUCAGCGAUUCCAGUAUCAAGAUAAAUUUUAGUACACCAGCCGCUGACGAGAAGUCACCCUACUACAGCAUGUACGUCUUGACACCCAAGUUUUACGCCGUCGCGUUAACUUGUCCUUCCAUCAAUAUGUUCCUACAUGAAGCCUUCCUCCACAAGACCCAAGAGCGACGGACAGCUGGUACAGAUGCUACCAAUCCAGAGGCGUUCAUCCAGCUGUUGAAACAUGCAACUGAUUCGCAUUACCGUACCUCUGGCAUUACGGAUACACAAGCUUGGACUUUCAUGAUAUCGAAGUCGGUAAUUUCGGUCUUACUGUGGUUGGUAUGGCCUUGUGUGACACUUGUCCGAGCAAUUUUCCUUCUGAAAAUUAGCGGCGAGGGGUCAAACUCAUCCAUUGGGCAGGCUUGUGGUAGUACAAAGAAACAAAUCGAUGGCAAGUUCUUUUCACAUGGUGAUCCCUGUGGACAGGUAAAACUUACCACUGACUCGGGAUCUUUCUUGGAUCAGUACGUACACUGCCACUGCCGACCUGUGCUAAUCCUAAAAUACUCGCUCGCCAACUUGACUACCAUUGUGAGGGAGCGAAUCCUGAGCAUUGUUGGUGGAGGUUGA